GUGAUGUUGUUAAACUAAAUUGACUUAAACAUUACAAAAUUUGAGUGCAUUUUAGUUUCUCGAAUUUGAUUUCGGCUCAAUUAAUGUAAACUACUUAGAGGAAUAGUAAAGUUUAUCAAAACUAGAACACUGACAAAACAUGGUUGACAUGGAUGUCCACGUCUAUUUAUAGUCGGGUAUUUUAUGGACGGUUUAAUAAUCAGAGACAGUAAUGUCACAUCCAGGAGCAGGCAGCGUUUGAGGAAGAUGUCAGAAGUAAAGUGACGAAGAGAUGGAGGGUCUGCCUCACAUUUGCAGACGGUGACAUUUACAUUGUGUCCCGCCUACAAGGCGUGGAAUCGUGUCUCCUUUCCACAAGCAUUUCACUGGGGACGGAGGGAUACCGAGAGCACCAUCGAUGGCCCAGACACGGGGGGAGCUGACACAGGGGUUUAAACAGCAGAGCGGUGAGACUGACUGACCCUAGCAGCAGUUAUCCAUUAGGGCGCUAACGAUCAGAUAGCCAUGCCUCCCCCAGCUGACAUUGUGAAGGUGGCCAUUGAAUGGCCCGGUGCCAAUGCUCAACUUAUAGAGAUGGACCAGAAAAGACCUUUGUCCUCAAUAAUUCGGGAAGUAUGUGAUGGCUGGUCUUUGUCAGGAUCAGAACAGUUCGCCCUGCGUUAUGCUGACGGUCCUCAGCUGUAUAUCACUGAGCAGAGCCGUGGGGACAUUAAGAAUGGGACAAUCCUUCGAUUAGCGAUUUCUCCCUUUCUGCAGGCUCGUGCUGCUCGUCAGCUCCUGGAGAGGAUCCAGUCUCACGGUAUCGAUGCUCGCCUCGAGGCUCUGAAGGAGCUCGCCAAGCUGUCUGCGGACCCAACGUUUGCCACAGAGUUCAUCAACAUGGAGGGCAUAGGGACACUGGCUCGUCUUGUAGAGAGCGGCACCCACUUCGGUGAAAUGCUGGCCUUCACUCUCACUGCCUUCCUGGAGCUAAUGGAUCAUGGCAUUGUGUCCUGGGACCUUAUCUCCCUCUCAUUUAUCAAACAGAUUGCGGGCUACGUGAACCAGCCGAUGGUGGAUGUGUCCAUCCUGCAGCGCUCCCUGGCCAUCCUUGAGAGCAUGGUCCUGAACAGCCACAGCCUCUACCACCGAGUGGCCCAGGAAAUCACUGUGGGACAGCUCAUCGGGCACCUGUCAAACCAGGAGAUCCAGACCUACGCCAUCGCCCUCAUCAAUGCUCUUUUCCUGAAGGCACCAGAGGACAGGCGGCAGGAGGAGUAUACUAACCCGCUGGAGCAGCACCUCACUGAAAUGGCAAGCACUUUGGCUCAGAAGCACCUGCGGUCCAUCAUCCUAAAUCAUGUUAUAAGAGGAAAUCGACCAAUCAAAGCAGAAAUGGCACAUCAGCUGUAUGUGCUGCAGGUGCUGACCUUUAACCUCUUGGAAGAGAGAAUGAUGACCAAAAUGGACCCAAACGACCAGGCUCAGAGAGACAUCAUCUUUGAGCUGCGUAGAAUUGCCUUUGAUGGAGAAAAUGACCCCACUGGCACGGAGAAGAGAAAGGCCAUGUACACCAAGGACUACAAGAUGCUGGGUUUCACUAACCAUGUGAACCCGGCUAUGGACUUCACCCAGACUCCUCCAGGGAUGCUGGCUCUGGACAACAUGCUGUAUCUGGCCAAGGUUCACCAGGAUACGUACAUCAGGAUUGUCCUGGAGAACAGCAGUCGUGAGGAUAAGCAUGAGUGUCCCUUUGGUCGCUGCGCCAUCGAACUCACUCGAAUGCUGUGCGAGAUACUCCAGGUCGGAGAACUACCUAACGAGGGCUGCAAUGACUAUCACCCCAUGUUCUUCACCCAUGACCGGGCAUGGGAGGAAUUCUUUUGUGUCUGCAUCCAGCUUCUUAAUAAGACCUGGAAGGAGAUGAGGGCCACAGCUGAGGACUUCAACAAGGUGAUGCAAGUGGUCCGUGAGCAAAUCACCAGGGCUCUGGCAAUGAAGCCGUCGUCUAUAGAUCAGCUGAAGAACAAACUGCGAGGCCUCAACUAUUCAGAGAUCCUGCGUCUGCGGCAGUCAGAAAGAAUGAGCCAGGAUGACUUCCAGUCUCCACCUAUCAUUGAACUGCGGGAGAGAAUUCAGCCUGAGAUCCUAGAGCUCAUCAAGCAGCAACGACUCAACCGGCUGUGCGAAGGGAGUUGCUUCCGUAAAUUGGGGAACCGCCGCAGGCAAGAGAAGUUCUGGUUCUGCCGACUCUCUCUGAAUCACAAAGUGCUGCACUACGGGGACUUGGAUGAGUCACCUCAGGGUGAAGUGCCUUUUGAGCUCCUCAGUGACAAGAUUCCCGUCUCAGAUAUCAAGUCUGUGGUGACAGGGAAGGACUGCCCUCACAUGAAAGAGAAAAGUGCUCUAAAACAAAACAAGGAGGUGCUGGAGUUGGCCUUCUCUGUCCUCUAUGAUCCAGAUGAAACACUCAAUUUUGUUGCACCCAACAAAUAUGAGUAUUGCAUCUGGACUGAUGGGCUGUGUGCGCUGCUGGGCAGAGAGAUGGGCAGUGAUCUGACGCGCAGUGACCUAGAUACUCUCAUCAGCAUGGAGAUGAAGCUCCGCCUCCUCGACCUUGAGAACAUCACAAUCCCAGAAGCACCGCCUCCCGUGCCAAAGGAGCCUAGCUCAUAUAACUUCACCUACAACUACAGCUGAGAUGUGUACGGGUGUGUGUGUGUUUGCAUUGCAUGUAAGUACAUGUUUGCUGAGAAUGAGUAAAAGGCUACCUUACUUUAGUUUUCUUUACAUUUCAGAACCUUGGAGACUUUCCUCUUUCCGUGUUUGCGAUGCCAUACGGCUGCCAGAUAGGACAGGUGUGUUUCUAGUUUCACAGGGACCUCAGAGGUUAAGGUUUUGCACGGAGCAGUCCCCCUGCAGCUGCUGCAGAUUGAGCGAGUGAAUCUCAUUUGUCAGAGCAAGUCUCAAGGCAGCAUCCUGAUUUGUAUUCCUCAUCCUUUGCAAUUUAAAGGUGUAAAUGAUGGAUGAAAAGAUCCAAAACUGCAAAUCACAUUUUUCUUGAGGCAGUUUUAGUCAAAUUGAAAUAGUCUCCAUGACAACUCAGAACAAAGUGGCAGUUUUAAUUCCUGUAUUCACCACGAUGCUGCCAGCACCUCCACGUGUACAGAUGUACAGUACUGCACAGUAUAAGAAGUUCCACAUUGUGCUCUCAGUAAUAUUAUCAAAUCUCUUAUGGAAGUUGGUGAUAAAAAAUUGUAAUUGUAAUGUAUGGAAACAGCUAAAGUAACGUUUCUUUUGUUCUGUUAUUCAAGGGACAGAAAACUGCAGAAUAUUACAGUCUGAAGAUGACUGAGCAAUUUAACAAAACCAAAAAAAUAUGCAGUGGCUCUUAGAAAAGGACAGAACGUUGGCAAACAAAAGAGUCACGUUUGAGAAGUCAAAUCAUUUGUAUCUUAAAAAUCUAACAAUCAGUUGUUAACAUUUUUUGUAAAUUAUUUGAUAUCAUUUCAUUGACUAACAGCUACCUAGAGGUGUUCAUGUGAAUGUGGUAUAUCUGUUAUGGCUUCAGUCAUGCUCACCUCUCUCCUCAGACCAACACAACUUUUCAUAGCCUGUUAUAGUCUAGGCAUACUGUAGAUAUAUAUAUUUCCCACUGGCUUAAUGAAGUGUGUGAAGAUGCCCUUGUCUGUAAGCGCGUAUGUCUUUGUUUUGUGCGUGUUUGUUUUUAUUGAGACUUAAGGAAUAAUCGCAAAAUUUCCUGAGCUUGUUGCUCAUUUAAGUCAAAACUCUGACAUUCAACAUCUUUAAAAAGACAACAUGAGUAAUAUGAACCUUAUUUUCAGUCAUUGUCACUGCAUUGCCUUAUCAGUCAUACAGUCAUUAUAUGACGGGGUCAUUAGUAUUUCUAAGUAGUAUAUCAAACAUUUUGUGUAUGUAAUUGUAGCAACUUUAAGUGCUCUUCUUCUCUAAGUGUUUUAGCUAUAACUCCUAUGAUGCAUUCUUUACUACCGUAUAGACAGUUCAGUUAUGUUAGAUAACACAAUAUAACUUAUGGUAUUGUAUCUUGAAAAGUUAACGAUUACUUUGUUAACAGUAUCAUGCUGUAAAACAUAUUGUGAAAACAUUACUGUAUAUGCAACAGGACCAAAACAAUUUAUAGGUGUAAUGCUGAAAAAUAUAACAUCAUGGAAGAAGACAACUGCUACCAAACAUAUUGGUAAUAGUCGCACUUAAAUCGGCUUCAAUUACAUUAUAGACCAUGAAUUGUUUAUAUACUGCUUAUAAGGUUAAAGCUAAAUACGCUUUUCAUGAACAUAAAGAGUGUCUGUGUUAGGAAAGGUGGUGUGGUACAGUGUUUUUAUUUUUUAUUUAAAAAAAAAAAAAAAAACUUACCUUACAUUCCAAAAUGAAUAUGCCGCUUGUUGGUGAGUAACAGAUGUGAGGCUCGAUUUGAGACGUUUCAU